GCGAUGACCGAACAAGACAAUUCCUACCGACCACGAUCCCCUGAUUUUUCCACCUUCCAAUCCCCCAUCUCCCCUUCCGUCAACCACUCCGUCUACCCGUUUGGGAAUCCGCUCGCCCAUCGCGCUUCCUACGACGCCUCACCUUUCUUCACCCCGCAGUAUCAACAACAACCCCCGGCCCCGCCAAGCAGGGUUCCCCAGCAAUACAAUCAAUAUAAUCUCUAUACCUUCGCCGACGCGACACAUCUACACCCGGAUAUGGCUCGCCGUUCGACGCGUAUUGCCCACCAGGCCGCCGAGGUCGCGCCGCAGCCCACAUCCAAAUACAUCGACCCGGUGGUCUCGGAGGAAGAGGAGCCUGUCCGACCUCCUUCUCCUUCUCCUCCCCCGCCUGCUCCUGUUGUUGCUCCUGUGGCGGUCCCCGUCGAGGUCAAGACCAAAUUCCCCGUUGCGCGCAUAAAGCGCAUUAUGCAGGCCGAUGAAGAUGUCGGCAAAGUCGCACAGGUCACGCCAAUUGCUGUCUCGAAAGCCCUGGAAUUGUUUAUGAUCUCUCUCGUCACCAAAGCCGCCAAGGAAGCCAAGGAUCGCAACUCCAAACGCGUCACUGCCUCGCACCUCAAACAAGCCGUGGCCAAGGACGAGGUACUCGACUUUCUGGCAGAUAUUAUUGCCAAGGUGCCCGACCAACCGCCGAGUCGGAAACAUGAAGAUGAUGGCAGUGAUCAGAAUGAACAACCGAAACGAAAGAGAGGUGGCCGUCGACCUAAAGAUGACAGCGAUUGAAUUAUUUUGGGCAACGGUUCUCAGGCGCAUUUUCAUCUGAUGAUCGAUUCUGUAUUUUUUUUUUGUUUUUUUUUUUUUCGCUUCCUAUAUUAGUGGACUAUCUGCUGGGCUAUUCCUAGACCGGAAUGGAGAACGGGCGCAUACUAUACUCUCUAGGCGUUGCGGUGGUGGGCAUGGGUGGGCUUGCAUCUCUCGCGAUGUGAACAGGUACUUUAUUCUUUUGGCUCUCUUUCUGUACUCGCUUCCUUAGGUGGGGAUUGGGGAUUUCGCUCUUGUCCUUUUUCUACGUCCUGGUUGAUGUGACAAUCUCAGUGAAUGUGACGGAAUCUCUUUGUACUGUAGAAUAGGUACUCGUUGGUUGCAGGUGCUGAGCGUCGACUGGAACUGGCAUUCGAAAUGCGACGAAGAAGAAUACUUACUAAGGUACCUACUAC